CUUCCCCCCCCUCUCCUCCUCUCUGCUCUCCCUUCGUACUUGCUCUUUCUUUUUCCACUCUCUCUCUCUUUUCUCUCUUUUCCCUCUAUUUUCGUAUUUUUGCACACUUUCAAUGUCAUCAACAUCGCUUAUCGUUGAACCAUCAUCGACAUCACUUGAAGGAUACGUUGGUUUCGACACCAUCACUCAGCAAAUUGAAAAGAAGCUCUUGAAGAGAGGCUUCCAUUUCAAUGUCAUGGUUGUUGGUCAAUCUGGUUUGGGCAAGUCCACCUUGGUCAACACCAUAUUUGCUUCGCACUUGAUUGAAAGCAAGGCACGUUUGGCGUCGGACGAACCUCCAAGACAAACUACUGAAAUCCAGACUGUUUCUCACUUGAUUGAGGAGAAUGGGGUGCGUCUGAGACUCAAUAUUGUAGAUACCCCUGGGUAUGGAGACCAAGUGAACAACGAGAACUGCUGGGAGCCAAUCAUCAAAUACAUCAAGGACCAGCACUCGGCUUACUUGCGCAAAGAACUCACCGCUACUCGAGAUCGCUAUAUUCAAGAUAGCAGAGUUCACUGCUGCUUGUUCUUUAUCACUCCUACAGGCCAUGCGCUCAAGCCGAUCGAUAUCGUCGUUUUGAAGAAACUUUCGGAGGUUGUCAACGUCGUUCCUGUGAUUGCUAAAUCUGAUUCACUCACUAUUGAGGAGCGUCACGCGUUCAAGCAAAGGAUCAAGGCCGAGCUUGUAUUCCACAACAUCAAGCUGUAUCCUUAUGAGAGCGAUGAGGAUGAUGAGCAAGAACAGGCAUUGAAUGAAAGCAUUCGCGAACUUCUUCCUUUUGCCAUCGUGGGCUCGGAGCGUAAUGUUACAAUCGAUGGCAAGCCAGUUCGGGGAAGAAAGAACCGAUACGGUGUAAUCAAUGUUGAAAACGAGGAACAUUGCGAGUUCAUUUACUUGCGCAACUUUUUGACGCGCACACACCUGCAGGAUCUGAUUGAAACCACGGCCCAGAUCCACUACGAAGCUUUCCGCGCCAAGCAGCUUUUGGCUAUCAAGGAAUCUACACAUCCUUCUGGCUCCAGUACAGGCACUCAAUCUUCAGCUGCUACCAGUCCUCAAGAAACUUUGCCCAACAGCCCAGCUUUGGGUGUCAGUCCUACCACCAUUGGAAGCCCUGCCCAAUCCAACAAAUCUGUGCCAGCAUUUGGUUAAACCCUCCCGACUUGUCCUUUCCAAUUCUUCUUUUUCCUUUUGAAUUUUCGAUUUUGUUCUUUUUCUUAUUUUCUCCCUAAUUAUUACUUUCCGAGAGAGGGAUGUUGAAUCAGCAGCAACAUAUAUCCAGUAUUAUUAAUACAGUUUUCUCAUUUUUCGUCGAAUCUUAUUAUAAGUUAAACUUUUCCUCUUCUAUUAUUAGUGCAUUAAACUACCGUUAUUGGAUUUUUCCCAUUGCUUGCGU